GUCCAUUGCAAACUUCCACUAUUAUUAACGAGUGUAUGGGCUCUAACCCAGCACCGGCCACCCGGAUCAAGUAGCUUGCCGACGCAGUGCAAGGGGAGUCAAUUGGUGGACCCUUUGGCAGACGUGCGAUUGUUUGAGCCCCGUCGACGACAAUUGAUUCUUCGCAGCUCGCCCGCCCAACUACUCCAUCACGGCCAGUAAUAGUACUGUGACAACCCCUCGAUAUGGCUUCUGCCAAGAGAGGUCCGUCAAUGCUGGUGACUGAUGCUCGGGAGCGCCAACCAGCACGAGGCGUGCUGCAACGAGCCCCCAGCGGCCCAGCACGGCCCAGCACCCGUUCUGUAUCCGUCGACAAUGUCCUGCAAUACUCCUCCGAUAUACCGUCAGGCCAGCCAAGGGUGCCGCCACCUGGCCACCCAACAUUACGCACCAUGGCUAUGCGCCGCACGAGCCAGGGCAAGGGCUUACCGACGCUCCCCUCAGCACGAACCGGACAACAGAUUGUCCCCUCGCGAACGACAAAGAUCAGCGAGAAGCUCGUGUUACUACCCGAAGCGCCGGAUGAGGGGGACGAAGACGCGGAAAGCGAGGACGAGUUGGCGCGUCAGGCAUCGAUACUGCGGGCCGAAGAUGAGGACCGACCGCUCAAGGACGAAGAGCUGGACGUGCUGAGGAAAAGAGGUGGCAUCCGUGGAAAGACUUACGCAGAGCGCUUGCCCAAGGUCCAGCGCGGGGAGAAGGUGUCGCGAGUGACCGCCUACUGCACUGCCCAGGCCUACCGGCUGAAAGCCAUGGCCGAGUUCCUGAAGAAGACACACGAAGCGAAGACCAAGUUAUAUGACGACUGCCUCUACGCGGUGUACCAUCUGCCGUUACUCCAAGGCAUUGACGGGUACCGGCUGAGGAGCCGACCAGUCCUGAAGACGCCAGGGACGGGGAAGACGGUACUGGACCUCGAGAUCGAACGCACCGAGCGCAGGGAUGAGCACAUGGGUUAUUGGGACGAGUAUUCCUAUGGCACGCAUGAAAUGACCGGUAGCCCCAACACUGAGCCGCCGCUUCUCCAGAAAGCCAUUGGCGCUUCUGACACAUUGGAGCCCUUGGAGCACUCCCCGGCAACGGACGGCAACGUCAAUCUCAACCGUAUGACGUUUAGCCCAAAUAGCAGCCUCAUACCAGACGCUAAAAACUUUGGCGAGGUGUUUAUCUUUUCGUAUGGGGUGGUGGUCUUCUGGAACUUCACGGAACAUCAGGAGAAGGACAUGCUAGCCGACAUCACCUUCGCCGAGAAUGAGAAUGGCGUGUCGCUGUCCACACGGCCCCUCGAGGAGAUAGACUUCGAGACGGAAGAGUUCCAUUUCGAAUACAGUCCCGAUGUGAAACGGCCGCGCGUCUUCAACGACAUGAUCACGCUCCUCCCUCGGUCCGACCACAUGGUUAAGCUCACCAUCAGCCACGCCAUCGCGCAGAGCACCAAGCUGUGCUUCUUCGAGGAGCGCAUGUCCGAGACGAUGCUGGACGCGCAGCACGUCCCCAAGCGCCUGGCGCUCACGGGCAAACUCAACAUGACGCGCACGGAAAUCGUCCGGAUCCUCGGCCGCCUCUUCAAGAGCCGCGUCGAUAUCAAUCUUUCAUCCAACAUCCUCGACGUCCCCAAUUUCUUUUGGGACUCCGAGCCCACGCUGCACCCGCUCUACGUCGCCAUUCGCGAGUACCUCGAGAUCGACCAGCGCACCAAGGUGCUCAACGAGCGCUGCCGCGUGUUCCUGGAUCUAGCCGACAUCCUAGCCGACAGUGUAGCCGACGCCAAGAUGAGCAAUAUCACUUGGAUCAUCAUCAUUCUUAUUAUUGUGAGCAUCAUUGUCACGGUGGCCGAGGUCGGGUUGAGGUUUGGCAUCUUGUCCAGGGAGAAGAUGGGGAGGAAUCCGAAAGGGGGAGAAAUGGGAGGCGGAGGAGGGCCGGGGAAUGUCAUUGGCGGUGGCGAUGAUGGAGCAAAGCUUGAUCUGCGCUGGUUGAGGGAGUCAAAUAUCUCGCUGGAGGACCUGAGGCUGUGGAGUCGGGCUUUGAACGAGAGAGAGAGGGCGGCGGUUUGCGCGGCUGAGAUUGUGGGUAAGACGUUUGCAGGUGUGUGAGAAGGGGAGGGAAGUGUAAUAUUCGAGUCAGAAGCAGUUGGGGGUUGAUAGCGCUGCACGGGAUGUGCUAUCUAGACUGCCAGUGCAUAGCGAGGCGUUUCUGGGUUUGGCUUCACUUUCAAGUCCUUGCUCUAAUCACGGGACAAAUAUAUAAUACUGUCCUCACGAGUAGGACUUUUGGUGGACUCGAGAACCGGCAGUAGGUACGUUGUGUUGCGUUCGCCUGGAGGAGUAC